AUGAUCCUGCUCCGGAUCAGCGGGACUAGUGGGACCGCAGGGCUCUGCUUGUCUAGGAGCCGUCUUAGCUCCGCCCCCGCUGUUCAGCCAACCUUGUGCGGAGAGGAGCGUCACAGGGACCACGUGACCCGCCAGAGGGUGACCAGGUCGCAAAGGCAGAGUAGGAAAAGCUAGCCUCACCCUGAGUGCCCUCCCCGCCCCCAAGAUGGGCGUGCAGCCCCCCAACUUCUCCUGGGUGCUCCCGGGCCGGCUGGCCGGGCUGGCGCUGCCGCGGGUCCCCGCGCACUACCAGUUCCUGCAGGACCUGGGCGUGCGGCACCUGGUGUCCCUGACGGAGCGUGUACCCCCUCACAGCGACAGAUAUCCGGGCCUCACGCUGCACCGACUCCGCAUCCCUGACUUUUGCCCGCCAGCCCCAGAACAGAUCGACCAAUUUGUGAAGAUCGUGGACGAGGCCAACGCCCGGGGAGAGGCUGUCGGAGUACACUGUGCCCUGGGCUUUGGCCGCACUGGUACCAUGCUGGCCUGCUACCUGGUGAAGGAGCAGGGCCUGGAUGCAGGAGAUGCCAUUGCUGAGAUCCGGCGCCUGCGGCCAGGAUCCAUUGAGACUUAUGAACAAGAGAAAGCUGUCUUUAAGUUCUACCAGCGAACAAAAUAAGGAACUCAACAGCUUCCCCUCUCUCCUGCUGCAUAUGAAAAAUGUGGCGAGGGAGGAAGGAAAGUGAACUAAAGUUCUACAGCCUUCAGUUCCCUUUGCCUCCUAUUGGACAAAAAUAGUCUCUCCCCAAAGCCAUACCUGAUUGACAGGAUGGCUGAGACCCCAUGAAUAUGAGUUAAUAACUAGCAUGAACUCAUAUAACUGAAUAGCAUUUACACAGCACUCCCAGUACAUCAACUCCAUGUAGCCCUGGGUCAUAGAAAAGAUGAAAAACCAUUCUGUUCUUUGGAUGAGGUGACUAGAGCUCAGAAAAGCCUAUGGUCACAAUUCUGGAAAAUAGGAUGGGACAGGCGUGCAACAUACACUUUUGUCUCCAUGAAGAUGUUGGAAUUCUAGGUGCUGUUCCCUAAACUAUGUGAUAUGGUUUCUGGAGAACUGGCUGGUGAAAGGGAUCCAUGUCUGUGACCACCCAGCUCUAAGCAGCCUUGGGGCUCUACACUCCCACACCAGGAAUGUCCUUGUUGGUGUCACCCCUUAUGUGGGUUCAUCUACUCCACUUGGGUCGUCGCCUUUGUUCUUCUAAGGGUACAGAAGACAUGGAUGUCACAAAUCUCUCUCUCCCCUUCUCCUCUCUUCCUCGUCCCCCGCUUCUUCCUUCCCUCUCCCCCUCAUCCCCUCUUUCCCUGUGGAGCUGGCCACCUCUGACUAGCCUCAGGUGUACUCCAGCCUCUCCCUAUGUCAUCCCCAGCCUCAAGCCAAGGAAUGUCAGAACUGAGUCUUGAUGGUUAAACGGAGUGGAUAUUAAGUAAUCAAAUAAACAACUCCAGGGCUAUGGCUCUUGGCUAUGUUUCAA